UUCCAAACUUUGCUCUCAAAUCCAUCUCUCUCUCUCUCUCUCUCAACACUAUAGACAGAUGAUGUAGCAAUCAACAAUGGGUAGGAGAACAGAGAGACCCUCCAAAUCCCACACCCUCCCACCUUCACCAUCCCACUCAUUCUCAUCCUCUUCCUCCUCAGACUUCGAGUUCACCAUCUCUCUCUCCCCACGCAGAUCCUCCACCACUCUCUGUCCAGCCGACGAGCUCUUCUACAAAGGCCAACUCUUACCUCUCCACACCUCUCCUCGCCUCUCCAUGGUCCGUACUCUCCUCUUAGCUUCCUCAAGCACCUCUUCCUCCUCAGACACCACCACCACCGCCUCUCGUGACUCCACAGGUAGCUCCAACGACUCUCACUCUUCCUUCAACAGCGACCUCUUAUUGCUGGCCGAGUGUGACUCAUCGAGACCCAGCUCAGUCACUGAGGACGACGAGUUCAAACGCCUUCACAACCCUAACACCCAGAUCAAGAAACCCAAGUAUUUCUCAUUGUCAAGAUUCUCAUCUGUGUUCAAAAAAGAUCCAAAGACACGUGACCCAGAUACUGUAUCCGGUUCAUCAGUGAAAAGAACGAGCUCUACAGCCAAAGAGGUUAUACGAAAGUAUUUGAAGAAAGUGAAGCCUUUGUAUGAAAAACUCUCCCAAAAACAACAACAGCAACAACAAAAAAUGGGAGGAGGAGGAGGAGGAGGAGGACUUGUUACGACGAGUUCUACAACGGCGAGAACUGUGUCUUUGUUAGCUGCGAAAGAACACAGUGAUAAGAUCAGUACGAGGAAAGAAAGUGUUAGUGGAUUAAUCUCUCAAUCUUUUUCGGGGAAUUUGAGGUACCCACGUAGGAAAAGCUGUGUUUCGAGCUGUCCAUCUUCGAUGAGGUCCUCACCGAGCCAUUCGGGUGUGCUUAGUCGAACCGGGUUCAUGGGUACGAGUACGGGUACGAGUACAGGGACGAGUAAGGUUGGAGGAAUGUAUAACAGCGACACGUCGUCGAUGGAGGAGUUACAGAGUGCAAUUCAAGGUGCAAUUGCUCAUUGCAAGAACUCCAUGAUUCAGAACAAGACCAUGUAAAAAGAAAGAAGAAGUAUUUUGUUUUCCGUGGAAUCAUCCAAGUGCUUUUGAAUUAAUGAAGCAUCAGUCAGCUUUCCCCAUCGGAUAAGACGGCGACACAUUUUAUUUAUUGAGUGAGGGCAGUGCUACGAAGUUUCAUUUACGACAUUUUCAAAAUUUUCAAUUAUGAGUAAUAAAUAUUUUUAGAAUUUCAACGCUCUUUGUUAAACGCGUGAAGACACAUCGACAAUUUUUCUAGUAAUUCAUUUUCCUAUGAGCUUA